UAUAAAGAAAGAAAAACGAAAAACGAAAAACUAGAGGGUGGAGGACAACGGUGUCCAGCAAAAGAGAGAGAAGAGGAGGGGAGGAGGUGGAAGUAGCAAGAAUGGCGUGCUCCACCAAUCUCUGCUUCUCGGCGUCGAUUCCUCCUCUUCCAGCCUCUUCUUCUUCUUCUGUCUCCUCCCCCUUCCUCACGGUGGAGCGUGUGUCCUAUGUUCCGUCCUUGUCCAGGUGGACAAUCCGAUACAAGCAAUUGGGGCAUGCAUAUCAGAGAAGCCACGUUCUGGCCUUUGCUAGUGCAGAUGGUAAAAGAAGCUCAGGUGAGAAUGUUGUGAUGGUUGAUCCACUGGAAGCUAAGCGUCUAGCUGCUAAACAAAUGCAAGAAAUUAGGGCCAAAGAAAAGCUGAAGAGGCGCAGUCAAGCAGAAGCUAUCAAUGGGCCAUUGGCAAUGAUAGGACUGACUGCUGGAUUGAUAGUGGAAGCUCAGACAGGAAAAGGCAUCUUAGGGCAGCUAGCUGGAUAUCUGACGGCUAUUUCUAGUUUAUUUGGACAAUAAUAGUGGGCCAUCUUUGGAGAUUUAUUUUUUCACGUUCCUUGGCCAGGAGAGCUCUUAUCUGUUGCAUCCACCCAAUUUUUGUGGGGGAGUUAAUCCGAGCCCAGACUUGUAUGUUUAUCAAGCACGCAUGGGCUGAACAUUAAUUAUACAUGUAACGGGGUCGUUCUAUGUAGCCCAACCAUUUCUGAUGAUAGAACCUGCUAAAGAGCAGUUCUUCAUCAUACUUAAAUGUGAAAUGUUAAGUCUUUGAGAACUC